AUGGAUGACACGGAAAGGUCCGGGGGCUGGCGCCAGUCCAGCUGGAACAAUACCCAGGUCCUGAAGACACGGAUGCACAGGUGCCUUACUAGCUACUGCUUUGGCGCCUUUCUGCUCUGUGUGGUCCUGGUCGACUUCGGGUGUAUUUGCUAUGAUGUGGACUGUCGUGCCGUUGGAAUAAAUACCACAUGGCCGGUACCGCUCAUCCAAGAUUUAUGCAUCCUGAUCUACACUGCAGAUCUCUGCGCGCUGGUGUUUGCCAAGGGUUGCACUGCCUUGAUCGAUUGGGGUCGGGCUUUUGAUCUCUUGGCUGUACUCUGCUCUUGGGCAAACCUCGUCCUGACGACCAGUGGCUUACAUCAGCCUGUCAUGGCCUCUCUAAGUUGGCUGCGGGUAUUCAGGAUGUUCAGGUUAGCAGGACUGCUGGGAAGGAAGACGCCUGGCCUGCAGGGGCUGUAUAAGCUCGUAUCCAUGAUGUCGCGAGCCGCCAAGGAGCUAUGUUGGUCUUUCCUCUUCUGCUUCGUUUUUAUGACCAUGUGGGCUGUGCUCUUUGUGGAGUUUGUCCAUCCACUUGUUCAAGAAUUGGCCGUAGCGGGAUAUUGGGAUGGCCAGGAGAAUAGGGCCGUCUCUUCCGUCAUGAAUGCCAAUUUGCACUUGUUCAAGACAGCAGUGGUUGCAGAUGCUUGGGCAGAUUUGGCAGUUCCAAUCAUUGAAAGCUACCCCUCUGCCGCGGCCAUUUUCAUAGGCGCGCAGCUUUCCCUGGUCUUCGGGGUGCUGAACUGUAUUGUAGCAGUGGUGAUUGACGCUUUUGCUGAGACUCGCACCCACGAUGUCCUUGUCAUAGCCGAAGAAAUGGAGAAGGACUUCGAGAAGGAUACUAAGCUACUGCAAAGGCUCUUUUCGCGCAUGGACAAGGGCGACAAAGGAAAGUUGACCAUGGACGAGCUGCGGCGUGGCAUUAAGGAGGACUCUGAGUUUCAAAGCCUCCUACAGGUGAUGGACAUGGAUCAGGCUGACCUCGAGCAGCUUUUUGAGAUGUUCGACGUCGAUGGCUCUGGGUCGAUCGAUGCGGCGGAGUUUAUGGGCCCGUUGCGGAACUGGGCACACGACUCCAAAGCGGUGCCACGUCUUCUGAAGGACAACUUGCUCAGGGCCUUGGAGCAGCAGGAGAUGCUCUACGAGUGCACCUCACAGCAAUUCGAGGCUUUGAGGGAGCAGAUGAAUGUCCUUACAUCAGCCGUAGCUAAGGGUCCACACUCGGACUUACAAAAUCAGGGCACCUUCGCUUCGACGCGGGCAACGCAAGGCACAGAAUGGAGGGCCUCCGGGCAGAGGUUGGCGGACCGAGGGAAGAUGCGCUGUAGCCCCCUUCAGUCCAGGUACUUCAGCAAUGUUCCGAGGGGCCUCCAGUCACAGGGCGCGCCAAAGAGCAUCGUCCUGGCAGAGGAACCCUUGGAGGUAGAGUUGCGGAAUGCCGAUCAGAGCGUCAGUCUCACUUUCUGA